AUGAUAAAUGCGAACACCCCAGGUGUCAUAGACCCCCUUUACAAGGGCAAAGCUGUAUUUGCUACUGCCGCAAGCAUAUUUUUCUCCAAGAAGAACCUCCCCGGUAAGCCCGCAAUAGAGAUUAUCGGCAUCAUGAGCGGUGAUGUGAAGGCCGACGCUGUCUACCGCUCCAUCGGGCUGGUGUCGGGUAGAGAAGUCGAGGAUCAAGACAUCCUCCACCGGAGGGAAACCAGCCUGGGGAGCCGGGGUAGCCACAGCGACUGA